GGUUUAGUGAGCUGUGCAGCGGCUGCAGCUACAGAGCCCAGGCUGUUGUAUCUUUAUAGCACAGAACUUUGGAACAGCAGCAGCCUGUGAGGGGUUUGGCACCCCUAUAUUUCCAGGUAAAAGAGAAAAAGUGGGCAGCUCUGAGCCCUGGGCAUUGCAAACACAUCAGUGUGGUAUAUAAAGUUAUGGAAAUUGCUUAAUAACAAAUCUUUGGGCCAGCACUUUCAUUUUUUUUUAAUUUACAGCACAAUAUUGUGCUUGGACCUCUUCAUGUAAAGCUGAACUAGUAGAACUGAAUUGGAGCAGUAAAUUGAGGAGGUUCAGCGUUAACCCAUCAACUGCUGCACAGGAACAACCCUGACUACACAGGAGAGAUGGUGCACAUUCCUGAUGAUGCAGACUUUAACUCUUUUCGGGAGCAGUGCGAAAACCAUGAGGGCUGGCAUUGCCAGUAUAAUAAAGGGGGAGUGACGGUAUGGAGCGAGGAGCAGGACAGCACCAAGGCAGUUAAGAAGCUUAAGAUGUGCAUUACCUGCAAAGAUGUUCCUGCUGAAAUACUGUAUGAUGUUCUCCAUGAUACAAGCUACCGCAAAAAGUGGGAUUCCAACAUGAUUGAGACCUAUGAUAUCGGAAGGCUGACUGUCAAUGCAGAUAUUGGAUACUACUCGUGGAAAUGCCCAAGCCCUUUAAAGAAUAGAGAUUUUGUCACCCUGCGGUCUUGGCUUCCUCUCGGCAAUGAUUAUAUGAUUAUCAAUUACUCUGUCAAGCACCCGAAACACCCCCCACGUAAGGACUAUGUAAGGGCGGUUUCGUUACAGACAGGCUAUCUCAUUAAAGCCAAUGGUUCCAACAGCUGCUCGCUCUACUAUCUCACCCAAGUGGAUCCGAGAGGUUCCUUACCGAAAUGGGUGGUUAAUAAAGUUUCCCAGUUUGUUGCCCCGAAGGCAAUGAAGAAAAUAUACAAGGCUGGAAUCAAGUACCCAGAAUGGAAGAGAAAGCAUGACCCAGAUUACAAGCCAUGGGUCUAUCCUGAACAAAACACACUACCGACUGUGAAUUUGGCAGACUUGUCCAUUCAGAGAGCUGACGAGCUGGAAAACAUAGAUGAGAGUGGCGUUUCUGAAGUGCGAAUGCACAUCAGCGAUGAAGAAGAUGGUUUUUCAAAGGACUCUUAAGGGGAAUCUCUAUGAAUGAAGUCUAUUAACAAUGUGCUUUCAUCCUCUUUGUACUUUAUUUUUACCCUCAACGUAGUCUCACAUUCAAUACUAAACUCCUAAUAUCUCCUUCUAGAGGCACCAAUGCUAUAGUCAAGUGGCUGUUAUGAGAGAGAACGUUCCACAGCACUGGUUCAGUUAACAAUAAAAGAUCAUAAAGGA